AUGGAUGAAUCACACUUUCUGAAAAACUUUAAGAGUGCCAGAACAAACGCUGCUCUUCCACUCUUGCAGACUGCAUCUCGUGUAAUACUGCUGUCAGGUACACCUGCCCUAUCAAGGCCCAUGGAACUCUACACUCAAAUUAUAGCCGUAGCACCACGUAUCAUAAGCUAUAUGGAUUUUGGGGUCCGCUACUGUGAUGGGAAAAAGAAUCCUUGGGGUUGGGACUUUUCAGGCUCAUCAAAUAUGGCUGAGUUGCAAAUUAUUAUGGAAGAAAGAAUCAUGAUUCGACGACUUAAAAAAGAUGUAAUAUCUCAACUGCCUUCCAAAACUCGUCAAAUGGUAUUAUUAAACCCAACUUCCAUUAAAAUUGACAAAGAAAUGAAGCAUGCAUCCUCCCGGUUUGAAAAAGCAAGGUUAAAGGACAGGCAUUCACUCUUGUUACAGUAUUUCUCGGAAACUGCUUCUGCCAAGGUUCAGUCAGUUUGCGAUUACGUCAUUGACCUGAUAGAAGCAGAUCACAAAUUUUUACUGUUUGCACAUCACCAGGAAAUGAUGGAUGCCAUUGAAGAUGUCAUCAGAAACAAGUGUAAGGUUGCCUAUAUUCGGAUUGAUGGAAAGACGCCCAGUGAACAGCGGAAAUUCUUCUGUGACAAGUUCCAGAGACAAGAAGAUGUUAAAAUUGCUAUCCUGUCAAUAUGUGCAGCCAAUUCAGGAUUGAAUUUGACCGCCACAUCCAUGGUGGUUUUUGCAGAAUUGUUCUGGAAUCCAGGGAUUUUGGUCCAAGCUGAAGACAGGGUGCAUCGUAUUGGACAAUUGAAUUCUGUUAAUGUCUACUAUUUGGUUGCCCCAGGAACGGCCGACGACUUCAUAUGGCCAUUAGUUCAAAAUAAAUUGAGUGUUCUUGGGAAAGCUGGCCUCACAAAAGACGACUUCACAAAAACAGACACACUGCAUUUUAAGAAUUCUAAACAGACAGAAAUCUUGAAGUACUUCAGUGAAUCUUUCAUGGAAGAUGUUGACCCUGCUGAAUUUACAGAAGCGAUGGAUUCUACGAAUACGGCAAAUCACACGACCACCCAAAUAGAAACAAAAUCAGAUAUUCCCACUCACCAGCCUGAGGUGACAUCAUUCUUCCCAAAGCAAGAUGCCAAAGUUGUGGACAAAGAGGCAGGAACUCUGACCACUGGACCAUCCAAGAGUGAAGGUGAUCCUUUUGCUGACAACAUGGGUUGGCUGAUUGAUGAUAUCGACUGGAAUGAAGAUGACGACAUGACAUUUUCUGAGCCAAUGACAAAAAAGAAAAAAGAAGAUGAUCUUAGUUGGUAA